AGUUGGUGAGCUUGCUUCCGGUAUUACAAGCUUGGAUUUUCAUGGCUUCCAAGUUAAUUUUUACUUACAAAACGCUGAUUUCUACACAAAAUGGAUUGGCAAUUAACAUGUCGUGUUUGUUUGGAAACCGGGGACAUGGUUUCCCUGUUCGAUUGGGACGAAAAUAACGAGCAACUCGGUGACAAGUACGCGUACUGCUGUGGAGUGGAGGUGACUAAAAAUGAUUCUUUGCCGACGCUAAUUUGCCUAAAUUGCGUCGACCGCUUGACUUACGCUUGCCAGUUUAAGCAGCAAUGUCUCUCUUCUAUCGACACCCUCAAGGAAUGUUUGGACGAAUUCAUCAAAUCCUCAGCAGUGGCGACUUCAGGCGUCAAGGACGAAUCAAAUGAAACGGAGACAAUAACUAUAAAGCAAGAGAAUGGUCUGCUGCUGCAAUACGAGCUGCCGGUGGAGCACGACCCGCAGUCACAGUGGACGAGGACCCUCAUCAAGACUCCCAACAAGUCCGUGGUCACCAAAGCACCGCUGCAACGCAAGCGAGGCCGGCCGAGGAAGUACCCCAAUCAACAGGGUGAAAUAACAACAUCACCGUACCAACGUAAGAAGCCCAAGCCAAUAGUGAGGGAGCCGGAGGCCCUGACCACACUGCUGGCCUCGGGAUCCCUGGACUUGAAGCAGGAACCUAAUGAGGAGCCGUUUGAAGCUGACGGAGCUGCAGAUGAUGAUCCAGAUUUCUUUCCGGAUGGUGAGGAGGGCUCAGGCGCUGAAAAUAAAUCAGAGGAGAAAACUUCAAAGAGACCAAGGGGUCGUCCACGUAAGAUCCCAGCAGAGGUUCCUGAUAAGACUAAGGAUGAUGACGGGGAGGACGUACUGCUGAAGGAGACGAUAUUGGCGUUCUCCGAGCCCAUCCCCGACCACAUCCUGAAUCCCAAGCCGAAGAAGAAGUCCCAGCCCAGGAAGAAAUAUGUGUAUGAUAAGAUCCACGUGUGCGAGACGUGCGGCGCGUCGUUCACGUCGAACGCGUCGCUGCAGGCGCACAUCAGGCGACAUCUCGGCAUCAAGCCGUUUGUUUGCAGUGUGUGCGGAUACGCGUGCGUUUUGAAAAUGGAACUGCGUCGUCACAUGAUGCGGCAUACUGGGGUUCGGCCGUACAAGUGUCGGAUUUGCGACCGCCGUUUCGGAGACUUCGGCAGCCGGCAGAAGCAUGAGAGGCUCCACAUGGGCGUCCGUCCGUACCAGUGUACGUUGUGCGGCAAGGCGUUCACGUACUCGUACGUGCUCGCCAACCACAUGCUCACGCACACCGGUGAGAAGAAGUACUCAUGCGGUCCAUGCAACAAGAAGUUCACCAAAGCCCACCACCUCAAGUACCACAACAAGGUGCACCACAAGGAUCUGUACGCGCAGCAGCAGCUCGAGGCGGAGGCGCGGCGCGCUCGCCAGCAGGCCAACGUCACCAACCUGCGCGGCGCGCCCGCGCUCGGCCUCCACGUCGUCGACGGCACGCUGCAGAUCGUGCACGUCGGUGGUGAGGACGGCGACGGGCAGAUGCAGGUGGUGGAGGAGCAGAUGGAGCUGGGCGGCGGCGAGGGGGAGGGGGAGGCGGAGACGGAGGGCGAGGAGGAGACGCACAGGGCCGUCGCCGGCAUGCAGGAGGACGUACUGGACGCGGAGUUUGGCAUAGAAGAUGACGAUGAGAAGUAGCAAUAAUAUCAAAUAGGUACAUCCCGUUAAUUCUUUCGAAAAUAUUUCAGUUUUUGUUUUAUAUAAAUGAAAAACUGCGCUUGGUCUUUUUAAUGUUUUGCCGACCGAUCUAAAAAUUGUGUGCGGUCUAUAACUACGUUUACUACUGCAUUUUUAUUCAGAAAUGAAAUCCUUGAGCUCAAUAAUGUGUUGAAUUUUUAUCUUUGUUUAGACAAGUCUUUGAAGUACGGUCGCGGAGCGCACAGAAAUUAUCACAUUGACCUAUCGCCGUUUAUCUUUUUUAAUCGGGCACGAAAAUGGUGCUAUUAUGUUUCCACUGAUUCGCGAUAGCAAUAAUUCGAGCGAGUGUAAGUGGUGCUUAGUCAAUGUAAGAUUUUACUUGCUCUGAGACCAGACUAUAGCAAUAAUUAUUAAGUUAUAAUGUAAUCAGAAUCGUACAUAAGUGUUAUGUAUAAAUAAAUCAUUGUAUUAUAAA